AUGGGCAGACUCCGUACAGCGCGGACCAUCCUCGGCGUUCUCAGUCUAGCCUGUGCUCUGGGACUCGUUUACAAAUCCUAUCUUCUCACAUUACCGCAGGCGGCAAGCGCCGCGUUACCGGGAGCGCAGUACAUCUUCCUCCCGAAACGCUGUGACGCGGCGACGAAACUCCUUGUGUGCGUGUUCAGCAAACCGAUAAAUGUGGAGAACCGGCUCGCGAUCCGGGACACAUGGGGCCGCGCCUUGAGAGACUCCGGUGCGGAGAUCGUUUUCCUGUUGGGCAGCUCGCAUGGCCCGGUCCUCGCGGAGGAGAUUCGGGCCUACGGCGACGUCGUCCAGGAAAACUUCAAGGAUACCUACUACAACUUGGCGCUAAAGUCUCUCGCCAUGAUUCGGUAUGCCGCAGUGUUUUGCCCUUCAGUACGUCACGUGCUGAAAGUGGACGACGACGUGCUUCUCAACGCGAAGAAGUUCCUCGAUGACACAGCAUUUCUGAAAGAGUCGAAAACGAUUUGGGGAAAGCUCGCACAUGGGUGGCUCCCAAUCAGAGACCCGAGCUCGAAAUGGUACGUGCCACCGUUUUUAUACAACGGGACGGUUUUCCCGGAUUUCGUGACCGGAGUCAGCUACCUGAUGAGCGGGGACUGUCCGGCACUUCUGUACGAAGGAUAUCUGCGGUCUCGAUACUUCUAUCUCGAAGAUGUUUUCUGGACGGGUCUCGUCGCCGAGAAAAUGGGCAUCGCUAGACAUCCCCACGAAGGUUUCGCCAAUAGCAGGGUUUUCCUGAGAGCUUGUGAUACGUCGUCAUCGCCGUGGUUCAUGAGUCACGGCUUCACCGCGGAGUAUCUUCGAAUUUCUUGGAAAAGUCUCCAGAAACGAAUCGAAUUGUGUGACAGGGCUGUGAGAAAAUUCUCCGCGACGAUGGCAGAUAGCUCAGCCCGAAUACCAAGGAUAACGGACAUGGACACCACCUGAAAACUGGACUCGCGUUCAUGGAUCCAAAUCGACAAGCCAUUUCAUUCCGACUCCUAUUCCCAUGGAUUUAUACGAAUACGUCCAUGGAAAUUAGUCUUGGAGGAAGAACCAGAGCUGAGUGUUUGGCUUCAGGGCUCGGCCUCAAAACAUCAAGCGAGGGCCUGCCCGAAGAUCU